CUAAAUAAAAAUUAAUUCGAACGGGUAAUAAUUGUUGUCAAUUAAAUUAUUAUUACUAUUAUCAUUUAUCUGUUCGUUUAUUAUUUUGAAAGGGAAACGAGAGGGGACGACACCGGUGUAAAUAGUUUGCACCACAUGCAGAAAAAUCACACCGGUGGCGUUGGUUUUAACACCGGUUACUCCGAAAAAUUCCUCAUAAUCACACCGGUUUGAUUUUCAAGGGGAAAUUUACACCGGUCUGUACCGACGAAUAUCUUGAUAAAUCUUGUGCAUCGGAGAUUGGAUUUAUAGACAUAUUAACAUGUCUAUGAUUAGAUUAGUCACCAAAACAAAUUGUUAUCACAGUCGAAAAGGAGGGAAAUGUAUGUAUUUUUGUUUUCCAUCCAAAUAUGUUCGGUAUUUUCGAAUUUGAUCUCGUCAAAUCGUAACUCGUUUUAGAGAUAUUUUAUGAUUUCAGUAUUUCUGUGAAUUAAGUAUUUUAUUGUUAAACGUUAACCGUUCGGAAAGUCGUUAAGUAAUUGUGCGAUUAUGCAGUACGUUCCCACCAAUUUUUUGAGGUGUCAUUCGAGGACCGACAAAGAUUCAGCAGACGUUUCCACCCAGGUGAGAUCUGUCUUUAUGUCGUCGGGUUAUUAUCGCAUUUGGUUUUAAACAGUUGAUCUUACGGUGUGUUAUUUAUUUGAAAGGUAUGGCAGGCCGUGUUUGACCCGAUAAAAACAUCUCGAUUGGUGGCUACGUGUGGUGGCAACAAACUUUGCGUCAUCAACGUGGAAACUGGAAUAGUAGAAUACAGAUAUUCUUGUCCAAAGUAAAUUUCAUAACACCUUUAUAUCGUUAGGUGGCAUAACCUCAAGAGGUGCCUAUAACCCAGAGUUAAAUAUAAACUAUCAAGGCAUUACAAUAAAUGAUCAUUCAUAUUGUAUGUUUUAAAAACCGAGAAUUAAAUUAGACCCGAGACUAUAUCCAUUCUAUAACAGAUAUGACGUUUAAAAACGUUAAAAACAGUUGUACAAACGAAUGAGGAUCAUUUAUCUGGCUUAUGUAUAUUAAAUUUGUGUAGAAAAAAAAAAAUUGAAAAAAUUGAUUGAGAAAAAAAUGUUGUAUGCAUUUGAAAAUUACCAUAGAAAAUUAUAAAUAUAAAUAUAUUGUUAAAAAUAUUAAAAUUUUGUAUUUAAGUGCAUGAUUUAAUGGUGAUUUAUUUAUGAAAAUUGUAUAAUUAGGUAUACAUAAUAAAGAAUAAAGUUAUUAAGGAAUAUUAAAUAAUUUUAACUUGCAUCUUUUUUUAAAAACUGUUAUUGUAAAAAUAUAAAAAUGUAUUCAAAGAAAUGCUGAAUGUCCGACUAUUUCUUUUCAAAUUAAAUACUAAGGCUCCCGCGAUAAAACACAAAAUUGCACCAGGCCCCACAAAUCAAUCUUUCAGCACUGCAUGUAAGCAAGUUCCUGAUACCUAUUAAUAAUUUAUUAUAUUUUUGAUAUUUUAAUAAUUAGAGGACUAUUGUAUACAUUAUCGUGGAGUACAAUUGACCAGACAAAAAAAAAAAUAUUGGCCACCGCAGGAACAAAUAAUUCUAUUGUGUUCAUAGAUCUGUCAACCAAAACAGCAUACUAUCACUUCAGUCUUUCAGGGUCCUCAAAGUUAUUUAUUAGUGCCGUUUUAUUUCAUCCUGAAGAAAAAAAAUUGUUUUGUAAGUAUUUCUUUGCAGAAAAAUUAAUUAUAAUUUAAUUAUUUCUUUAGUUAUUCCUUACAAUAACAAUUUCAUCUUUUUUCCAGGUUCCCUAAAUGAUGGUCAUGUAUACGUAUUUGAAUUUAAUAUUGAUAAAGGACGUGUUGUAGACCUAAAGCAGUUGUCUAUCGUUGAUCUUAAAUGUGAAAUAUUUGGCUUAGCAUUUUGCCAAAAUUGUGAUUGCUUACUCAUUGCCUCCGGCGUUGGAUUGAUGGGAUGGAAUAACUCUCAAAAGUAUAAUGGAAUAAAUCACAGAUUAAAUAAUAAUUUUAAAAUAACUUUUAUCUGAUUUAUGAUGUUAAACACGUUUAUGUAUAUUUAGACAAGAUCAACAACUAAUGUCAUUUGAGCUUCCCGAAAAUCCCAAUGAACUCUACAGGAAUCAGAAUGAAAAUGUGAUAGACUCAAUUGAAAUAAUCAAAGACAGCUGGAUCGCCACUAAAGUCGCAUUGCACGGAGUCAUAUAUGUUUUUAAUUUAGACCAAGCGCUGUCUAAAAUCAAUGAUAACAAGUGUGUGGUCCAUCCUUCAUACAUACUGAAGUGGAGCGAUACAGACAAUUAUUUUAUGAGCUGUGGAAUCGGUCUUGGUAUGUGUAAUAAUAAAUAAUAAUAAACCUAUCAACCUUUCAUAUAAUUAUUGUUUUACAACUGCAUAUAGAUGGCAAACUUUUAGCGUGUGGAGAUGAUAAAGGUAGCAUAUGGAUUUACAAUUUAAAAGACUUGGACUUAAGAAAAUCAAAUAUAAACAAUGAAAAGGUCAUAGAAGUGGAAAACAUUCUGAAAUGGCCCAAACUUCAUGACAGUUUUUUAAAAAAGAAGAAAAAAUUGGAAGUGGAUGUCUAUGAUAUAGUGAUUGCCAAGUGUGCAGUACAUUCUAGUGGUCAAUAUAUAAUAGCUGUAACUAAUAACAAUUUUGUUUGCUUAUAUUCGAGUUUGUAGUAUA